CACACUGGUGAAAAGCAAAGCUGAAAAGCAAAAACUGAAAGCGAAAUUUUAAAAUUGCAGCAGACGUUGUGUCCCACGACGUCGGGUUGUCUGCUUGUGUGCGAAGUUAAAUAAAAGCUAAUAGAAAGUGGAUAAUAGUUGAUAGAUUUGUAGAAAACGAAACGAAGUACGUUUUUGAUAAUUAAAUUUUCGAGUAACCACGAGAACGCUAGUACCUCCUCAGCGCGGAAAUAGGCACAGAGGCACCUACGCUAAACCUUGAUUCAAAUUGGUCUAAACGCAGCCCCAAUAGUUGCAAUAACGGCGAAGGACAAGCCACCCGCCACCCACGCUUAAAUCACAGCUGAGUGCCAGAAAGAGACAGCGAGGAGAAGCAAGAAACUGAAAAGCUCUAAAAGCACACCAACACCACCAAAAGCAUAAAAACUGCAGGCAGGCACAUCACACACACCGCAACGAGCACCGCAACGAGCAUCGAGCAAAGAACAUCGAAAACAUAGCAUCGGGCAUUGAGCAUCGGGAGCGACACACACACACACACUGACACUGGGAGGAAGAAGAUGGAUCUUUUCGAUAUGGACGACGUUGUAGUGGGCCCCCCGGACGAGUGCAGCACCCCGCUGAAGGAGUGGCGGCUAAAACUCCAGGCUGGCACACUGAAACGCAACGACUUCAUCGAGUUCUUCAAGAAGGAGUCGCCCAAGUACUUUGACUAUCAGAACGAGCUGGAUACAGUUAAAUGCAUGUUCAAGGAGUCCAUGGCCAAAGAGGAGAUAAUCGAUGUUCUGGUCGAGUUCAUGUUAGGAGAUAAUCCAAAAUCGGCGCUGGAGAAGCUGCUCCUCGAGGGCAAUACCGCCACCGUUUGCGGCAAGGUCUUCAAGAAUGGGGAGCCCACCUACAGCUGCCGUGAGUGUGGCAUGGAUCCCACCUGUGUGCUGUGCGUGAACUGCUUUAAGCAGUCGGCGCAUCGCUUCCACAAGUACAAAAUGUCCACCUCUGGGGGCGGUGGCUGCUGCGAUUGUGGGGACAAUGAGGCCUGGAAGAAGGAUCACUAUUGUCAUCUGCAUUUGGAUAAUCGUAAGAAUCCGCUCGAGAGCAAGAUCAUCACUGGGGCCGUGCUGGAGCGCAGCGAGAUCUGCUUCAGUGCCAUUCUGGCGUUUUGCGUCAACUAUCUGGAGAUCGAGCCGAACGCCAGUCUGCAGUGCCUGGACGGGGAGGGCCUGGGGCUGGAUGGGGCGAACUUCUGCACGGUGCUGUACAACGACGAGUCGCAUACGUUCGACCAGGUCAUCCAGACGCUGACAAAGAUCGCCAAGUGCCGCAAAAAGGAGGCCAUGGAAAUAGUGGCGGCCAUAGACCGCGAGGGCAGGGCCGUGGUCAAGUGCGACACGUUCAAGGAGUGCAACGACCUGAAGACGGACAUAGAGAACCAGAUGAUACCGCCGAGCGGUCUCCUAGCCAAUCCCCGGAACAACCAGUCGCUGCGCACCACCGUGCUGCACAUCAACUCUGUGGCCUGCCAGCAGUUUGCCUUGCAGCUGCUCAGCUGGUUCCAGGAGUUCCUCGUCCGCCACUACCUCUUCCGCAAGACCUUCUCCGAGCUGGUGCAGCGCAAGCAGGAGUCCUUCUGCAUCCGCCACAUCCUCGAGUACGACGUGAAGCUGUGGAAGACGGCGCGCACCUGCUGGCACCGCCUCCUCAUCUCGGGCAUGCUCAUGGAGUACGAGAACAAGAUGGUGCUGGCCCAGGAGUUCUCGCGCCGCUACGCGACCAUCGUGGAGGACUUCAUCAACGACGACCACGAUCACGCCUUCUCGAUCGUCUCCCUCAGCGUGCAGCUGUUCACGGUGCCCAGCAUUGCCCAUCGCCUCAUCGCCAAGGAGGGAAUCUUCGACAAGCUGCUGCACACCUUCUACUACGUGGCCAUCGAGAAGUUCAUCCUCAACCGCACACUGCACUUCAGCAAGAACAUCGCCAGCCUGUCCUUCUUCAAGCGCGCCAACUACAUCCUAUACGAUCUGCGCUAUCUGCUCAGCCUCAAGCCAGAUGUCCUCAGCAACGAGCUGCGCACGGGAUUCCUCGAGGGCUGCAAGGCCCUGAUGCGCGUCCUCAAUGUGAUGCAGGGCAUGGAGUCGAUUACCCGCCAGACGGGCCAGCACAUGGACUACGAGCCGGAGUGGGAGUGCGCCUUCAAUCUGCACAUCAAGCUGGCCACCACCAUUUCGCAGGUGAUCGAGUGGGCGUCCACCGACAAGACGCUGCUGCACAAGCUCUACAAGAUGACGGUGCGGUCGCUGGUCAGCAACAACUUCAUUGUCGGCGGAGCUGGCAGCGAGGAGGCGGAGGCCAGAAGUGUGGCCGGGCAUGUGGCCAGCUGCCUCGUCUACGAUGUCUCAGUGCGGCCGGUGUCGAUUCAUCUGCCAUUGACUCGCUUCUAUGCCGGUAUCUACCUGCAUCUGGGUGCCCACGACCUGAGCUACGACUGCCUGGUGGCCGAGACCGAGGCGCUGAACAUCAAGCUGACGCCGCGCGAGAUCAUCGAGCCGGUGCUGUGCACCCAUGCGAUGAUUGCCCAGGUGGCCGCCGGAAUGUGGCGCCGCAACGGCUACUCGCUGCUCCACCAGCUGUACUUCUACAGAAACGUGCGGUGCCGCGUCGAGAUGCUGGACAGGGACAUUGUGUGCCUGCAAAUCGGGGCCUCGCUGAUGGAGAGCAACGAGUUCCUCAUCCAUGCCCUGAACAAGUUCAAUCUGAUCGGCUGGGCCCAGCCCAACUACGAGACGCUGCUGGCCGAGUCCCCCGUCGACGAAGAGUUCAUGCGGCAGCUGUCGAUGAUCGACGAGUUCCUCGAGCUGCUCAUCGUCAUCAUAGGGGAGCGCUGGAUGCCAGGAGUGUCGCUCGUUACCGAAGAGGAUCGAUUGCGCAAGGAGAUCAUCCAGCUGCUGUGCAUCAAGUCCUACUCCCACUCGGAGCUGAGUCGCGCCCUGCCCGACACCACGGGCGGAAACAGCGACAGCGUCUUCGAGGACGUCAUCAACACGGUGGCCACGUUCAAGAAGCCCGUGGGUGCCGACCGCAAGGGCGUCUACGUGCUGAAGGAGUCACUGUACGAGGAAUUCAACGUGUACUUCUAUCACUACACCAAGGAGGACAAAUCGAAGGCCGAGGAGCUGCAGCGGGAGCGCCGCAAGGCCAAGAAGGAACUCGUGUGCUGUCCGCCGCCCAUGCUGCCGCAGUUGACACCAGCAUUCACGUCCAUGGCCAACAUAUUGCAGUGCAAUGUGUUCCUCAGCAUCUGCACUUUGACUAUGGAUCGGGCCCUGGACAUUCGCAGUCGCUCCUUCUCAGAAUCCCAUGUCCAGAAGAUUUUACAUUUGCUCGGCUUUGCCAUCCAAGAGGAACUGAGCGAGCACUACCCGUUCCUCAGUUUCUAUGAGCGCGCACAGCAGUAUGGAAUCCUCGACAAGUUGGACGAGCUGGCCCGCUGCCCAAGGCUGGAGGCACAUCGCGACUUUGUGUUGUGGACCAUCAAGCGCUUCAAGGAUAUGCAGGCCAAGCAGGCGCCAGCAGCAGCGGCCGGCCCCAGUGGCUCUCAGAAGAAGUCGGCCGAGGAGCUGCCGCUGACAUCCGAGGAGCAGGCACGAAAGGAGAAGGAGACCCGCGCCAAGCUGGCCGCCGAGCGUCGAGCCAAGAUCAUGGCCCAGAUGCAGAGCGCCCAGAACACGUUCAUGAAGUCGAACGCCGAGAUGUUCGCCAACAGCGACCUGGAACAGGAUACCGCUGGAUCGGGAGCCUCGGGCAGCAGGGCGGCAGCCUCGAUGGGCGGCAGUGCAAUGGACUGGGAGGAUAUACCGGGCGAGAGCCUAGAGGAGCAGGGUGCGGCCGCUCUGCUGAUCAAGCAGAACCCGGCCUGCCUGGGACCCAAUCGGGCCCAUUAUCAGGCGCAGGAGAACAGCUUCAAGUGCAUCCUGUGCUUCGAGAACUGCAGCAUCAACCCGGACGGGCCGCCGCUCGUUAGCUCCGCCUUUGUGCAGACCUCGCGCGUGAUCCUGACCACGCCGGGCCACUACAAGGGCAAGAGUGGCAUGCACGUGAGCUGCUGCGGCCAUGUGAUGCACUACAAGUGCUGGCAGGAGUACUACAGCAACGAGGAGUCCAAGGAGCAGCGUCGCCUCCACCGGAACCGCCUCGCCCUCAGCCAGGGCCACAACGUGGAGUUCCACUGCCCGUAUUGCCGGGCCCUCAGCAACACUGUGCUGCCCGUCAGCGAGCCGCUGGCCGGUCUCAUACCCGACCAAAGCGGAGUGCCGCCGGCUGUCUGCGGCUCCGAGAACUACUUGCCCCUGGACUGCUUCGUGGAGAUCAUGCGGACCCUUGGCGGGGAGCUAGCGGCUCCUGCCGCCGACAACACCAUGUGGCAGUAUUCGAGCGUGCUGCGCAAGUCCAAUGUGAUCGGCGAUCUGGCCCAGUUCGAACGAACUGUGCAGCUGAUCGAGAAGCCGCAACUACACACCACCUGCAUGGAAGUGAUGACCUCCUUCAACAAGGCGCUGCAGAAUGCGAUGAUCAGCCAGCAGCCGAACGCUGCCGCAGAGGGCGGCGUAGGCGGCGAGAGCGAGAGCGAGAGCCCGUACCUGGUCUUUGACACAUGCAGCUACACCCUGGAGUCCCUCGAGAUCUACAUGUUCACCAUGCGCAAGCCGCUCAAGGUGGAGAUGCCCAUGCGCCAUCAGACGUGCACCACGAACCUGGUGCGCGCCUGCGCCCUCUACUCGAGCUGGGCCCCGCACCGGCCCGAACUGGCGUCCAAGCUGCUGGACACCAUAUUCAACCAGAAGGGAACCAGUGUCCUCGAAUGGGACUGCUUCCGCAUGCUAGUCCAGCUAAAUUUCGGUGUCCUCAACCUCAUGGUGAAAGAGAAUGAUUACGCCGUCCUGCCCAGCGGCAGCAUGUUCGAUUUCUACAUGUUGCAGACCAUGUUCCUGGCCAAUGUCACAAAGGCCGUUAUCUGCUUUGACGUUGAGAAGGAGCUGGCCAGUCGGCGGGCCAAGGAGGAGGCCGGCGAGGGGACGGAGCUCGCUCAGCUGGCGUAUGUGGAGCAACUGCCCUCGAAGAUUCAGGAGAAUAUGGUGGCGUUCUAUCGUCGCUACAAUGUGCCAGCCCGCGUGCGCCAGUUGGUGCUGCAAAAGGAAGCGGAGUCGGAGGAGAAACAGAACCAGAGUCAGAGUCAGAAUCAAGAGCAGACUGUGGUUAUCCCGUGCGAGCUGCAGCACUUGGCCUUGAUGCUGGAGCACGUCCAGUAUCAGAUGGGCUCCUUCCUGCGCUGCGCCUGCCUCUUCUACCGCUGCUUGACCGAUGUGGAGUUCCCCGACACGUUCCCCACAGAACAGCCCGAUAGAUUCGACCUGAUGUGCCAGUACCUGGGUCUGGAUGCCGACAUGGGCGUCUAUUUCGAUAUGGAGACAGUCUAUGCCACCAUGAUGCACAACUUUGCCUCUCAUCCGCACAUCCUGCGCCAGGCCGAGCAGUGCAGCUCACGCUAUGGCGAGCCCGUGGAGGUGUUGCCAUGCCUGCGCCCCCUGCCGGAGCUGAAGCCGCUCUUUGAGGAUUACAGCGAUCUGAUCAACAGCGUAUCGGACAUUUUCUGUCCCAACAACGAGCGCGAGGAAAUGAAGACCCCAACGAUGUGCCUGAUCUGUGGCGAAGUGCUCUGUGGCCAGUCGUACUGCUGCCAGCCAGAGCUGGGAAAGAUGUCGGUGGGUGCCUGCACCCAUCAUGCCCACAGCUGCGGCGCCGAGGUUGGCAUAUUCUUGCGCAUACGGGACUGCCAGGUGGUGUAUCUGGGCCGCGGCAAGGGCUGCUAUGUCCAGCCGCCGUAUCUGGACGAGUACGGGGAGACGGAUCAGGGCCUAAGGCGUGGCAAUCCAUUGCGCCUCAGCCAGUACGCCUAUCGCCGCAUCUUCAUGCAGUGGCUCGGCCACAAGCUGCACGAGGAGAUUGCUCGCCUCAACGAUAAUGCCAAUGUGGCUGUAACGCAAUGGCAUCACAUGUAGUCCGAACGAAGGGCCCGAACCAAGUAGCUCGCCCAGCUGCAGUCGACACGAUGGAAGAACGAUAGAGCACUGGACGCUGGAGCUGGAGCUGGAGCUGUAGCUGAAGCUAAGGCUGGUGGAGAUCGAGAGCAAGAGAGAUGGCAAUGGCGGCAGUCAAUGUGAUUAUUACGUACUAACAUUAGGAGAGCAUAUUUAUACGUCUAAGCAUUUUACGAGUUAUCCUUUUGAAAGGAAACACAUACCCCUCCCCCCACACACACACACACACACACACACAGUUGA